AUGAGAAAAGUUUCUAUUAAAUAUAUUAAUUCAAGAAUAUAUCAUAGUAGAAGGUACUUAUCAAGAAAUCAAUUUUAUUCAUUUUUCUCAUGUAAUAAAAAUGAAGAGGCACUUAUAAAAAGUAAGAAUGAUGAUUUUUUAAUAGAUGAGUCUUAUAAUAAUGUAGAAUUCGAUGAAUAUAUAUCACCAUCCUUUAGUUUCGAUAUUAAUAUAGAUGAUGAUAAAUGGAAAAAAAAAGAAGAAAUUGAAUAUAAUAAAUUUAUUGAAAAAACAAAAAAGGAUUCAAUAAAUCCUUCCACCUUUUUUAACACACAAAAAAUAACAAAGCAUAUCAAGAACACAUCAGGAAAUAGUAAUUAUGAAAAAAUACAAAUUCAAAAUAUACAUAUAGAUAAUAAUAUAUCAUCAAAUGUUGUAACAUCUAACAACUCAACACCUCAUAGGGUAGAACUUUUUUAUGAAAACCAAAACAUUUACGAGGAUGAUAUAAACAUCUUUUUGAAAAAUUCAAGUGAUGAUAUAACCUUACAAGAAGGUGAUAUUAUUAAAAAAUUAAUUUAUCUUGAUAAUAAUUAUAAACGUUUGCAGUAUGGAAAUAAAAAAAUAUGUACAUAUUUAAAUUCUAUUUUGGAUUUGCUAGAAAGGGGUUCUACAGACACACAUAAGGAUGGUGUAGUAAAAACAAGAAAGGGAAAUGAAAAAAAUGAAGAAAAUGAAAAAAAUGAAGAAAAUGAAAAAAAUGAAAAAAAUGAAAAAAAUGAAGAAAAUGAAAAAAAUGAAGAAGAUAAAGUAGAUAAAGAAUAUGAAGAAAAUAAAGUAGAUAUACUAGAUAAAGAUAAUAAAGAGAGAGCAGAAAUAGAAACCGAAAUAGAAACCGAAAUAGAAACCGAAAUAGAAAACGAAACAGUAGGAGGAGGACAUAUUAAAUAUUUGCAUGGUCAUAUAUUCAACAACAUUUAUGAAGACCGUUUUUCCCUUAAUAAUCAUAAGUAUGAAAAGCUUGUUACUAAUUUUACAAAGUUUCCAGGUUAUUAUACAAAUAUGUUCUUCAAGUUAAUUGUAGAGAAUGUCCAAUCUUUGACAUAUAAUAAUUUAGUUUUUACAUUAAAUCUUCUUGAUCAUUUAAAUAUGAAAAACAUGAUGAGAGAUUUAUCAUAUGAAGUAAUUAAAAUGUUAAAUAAAAAGAAAAAAAAUGAUCAAGAGGAUAUAUUACAUAAUGAUAAUAUAAAUAAAAAAGAAAAUAACAAAAUAAAUGAUAUAGAAAAUAAUAUAAAAUUAUGUGUACAUUAUAUUAAUAUUUUAAAUUCUCAUUCUUUGUACUUUUGUGAAUUUUAUGAUUAUUUAAUACAAUAUAUUAAUAAUAUGAAAAAUGAUGUGUUAUGCUUUUUUACUUUACAGUGUUAUACACAUAGUUUAAGGACUAAGCAUUAUUUAGAUAAGAUAUAUUUCUUAUGUUUAAAAAAAAUACACGAAUUCAAUUAUGAAGAAUUAAAAUGUAUGAUUUAUUGUUUUCAUCGUUUUUGUAAAGAAUAUUCAAAAUUUUAUGAUCUUUCUAUAGAUAUAAUUAAAAACAAAUAUAUACAAUCAUUAAACGUCAACUUAAAUUUUGUUCAGCUCUUAUUAAAAAUAACUAACGCUUUUAAUAAAAAUGAUAAGUAUGUUGAACUUAAAGGCUUGAUAGCGCAAAAUAUCAUAAUGCGUGUGGGAAAUAUACAACAAAGGGAAGAAAAAAAAGAUCAAUAUCUAAAUAAGUCGACAAAAGUAAAUACAUGUGUUGAUAUGUGUACUAAUGUUGAAAGAGAUAAGAAGGAGAGCCCCUCUAAAAUGUACGCACCUUAUGAUACGAUGUAUUUGGGAGCAAAAGGCGCUAUUAGUAAGGUGUUUAUGGAAAAAUCAGUUCAUAAUACUAUGUAUGAAGAUAAUAUUAUAAAAAUAAUACAGUGUCUGAAAUAUUUGGAAUAUAAUAAAAAGAACAGUGAAGAUGUAAAAACUUGUGUAAAUAAAAUAUAUGAAAUGAUAAAUGAAAAUAUUGAAUGUUUAGAAAAAUUAGAUAUAGAAGAUAUAGUAUAUAGUAUUGUAUGUUUCAGUACAUAUAAUAAAAGAAUAAUUUUAUAUAAUAAUUUUUUAGAUAUUAUAUAUGAGAAAAGUAAUGAAUUGAUAAAUGCAAAAAAUAUAUGUUUGUGGAUAUAUCCUAUAUUAAGUUUAUGCAAAAUAUCUUGGUAUCAUCGAAAUUACAUAGAACUAUUAUUUGGAUAUAUUAAAGAUAAUUAUAUAUUAAAUAGAUUAAGUGUAUUUCAAGUAAUGAAAUUGUUAUCAUCUGUAGUCAAAAUGAAUAUAUAUGAUGAAGAUAUAUAUAAAAUAUUGAUUGAAAAAUUAUAUAAAGAAUGGGAUAUAAUAAAAAAGAAAUUAAUUGACAUAUCUACUUUUUUAUGGUGUUGUGCAUAUAUAAAUAUAAUAUAUAAACCAUUAUUUGACAGUGCAUAUAAUUUAAUAAUAGAUCUAAUAAAUAAAGAUAAUCUUAAUAUUAUUAAUAAUGUUAUAUAUAAAAAUUGUUUUGUUAAUAUUACAUGGUCUUUUAUAGUAGCUAAUUAUCAUAAAACACACACAAACUUCGAUAAAAUAUUAAAUAUUACAUUUUUUAAGAGAAAUCCAAAUGAAAAUGAAGCAUUUAAAAGAUUACACCAAAUCGCUGAUUCUUCCUUUAAAGAAAUACCAAAAACAUUAAUUAACAUAACUUGUUUAGAUACACUGUAUUCAUAUUGUACUCAUGAAAAAUGUAAACUCUUAAGAAAUAAUUUUAUCAUUUAUAAAAAAGAAAAGGAUGCUGUCAAAAUGAAAAAUAAAAUUCAUGAUGAAUUAAUCAAUCUUUUAAAAAAUUUUUUUCAUAUAUCCUUUGAUCAAUAUGUAGAACCUUAUCAUAAUUCUCCAUAUAUCAUAGAUAUUUGUCUUAAUCAAAAUUCUAAAAUAGGUAUAUGUAUUUUUGGAAAGGAGUAUUUAAUGAGGACCUUAAAAAAAUCUUCUUGGGAUUUUAUGAACACUGGAAUUGUUACCUUACAAAUGAGAAUCUUGCACGCCCAUGGAUGGAAGAUCAUUCCGAUUAACGCUGGUGAAUGGCUACAACUCAAUUUUGAUCAGAAAAAAAAUCUUCUCUCGGAAUAUUUCAAACAAUAUUCUAUACAAAUAUAA